AUGUCACUAAUUUUCUUCUUCACUGUACAGUUCAAAAAGCUCCUCACUCCGGGUAAAAUUGGCCAGACCCUUUGCCUCGGAAACCUCACCGACAAGCCCACCUAUGAAUACCUCCGCAGCAUCUCACCGGACCUCAAAAUAGUCAAAGGCCGUUUCGAUGCAGACGCGACCUCAUUACCGCUUGCGCAGACAGUCACACAUGGAUCUCUCAAGAUUGGGUUCCUCGAGGGCUUUUCAAUGGUCGCCCCAAUGGAAAUGGAUCUCAUGCUAGCUGAGGCGAAUAAGAUGGAUGUGGAUGUGCUAUGCUGGGGCGGAACGCAUCGCUUUGAUGCGUUUGAGUAUGAAAACAAGUUUUUUGUGAAUCCAGGGAGUGCGACAGGGGCGUUUUCUACGGGGUGGACUGCGGAAGGAGAGGAUGUAGUGCCGAGCUUCUGCUUGAUGGAUGUGAGUGCUGAUUGUCCUGUGUCGCCUGAGGAGUUUGGAAAUGGAGGUUGA